AAAGAGAAAAAUGAAAAAGAAAGAAAAUUGAAUAGAUGAACCUGCUAACAGAUUGAAGUAGGACUGAAAUUGCUUCAUUUUCCCCUAGAAGUCAGUCUGUGUAGCUCUUUAUAGUCCAUAAAUUAAGCCGGCAGUGAGGUUUGUGUCCUUGAAGAGCGAAGCUGUCCCAGUUGGGACAGCUCCGCUGUCCACUAGAUGGCGCUGCUAGCCUACUGGGGUGGAUUGUUGCAGGGCUCGUAGGUGCGUACUCGCAUGCGUGGGAGCAGUGAAAAUGGCGCCACUCAGCUACCCAGUCUGUUCUCCUGGAUCAGCAAUCGUGCACUCGUCCUCUGUCUUCAACUCUCGUCCACUCUCCGCUUCUUCACUCUUCGUGACCAGGCUCCAGGCAGCACCUCUCUCCCAAGCCUUAUCUCAGAUGCGGCUGUUUUCCCUGGCCUCCUACUUCCGAAGGACUGCGGCUUUGACCCGUUCUGCCCCUCUGCGGGAUGGUCUCACCGAGCAAUGGCCGAAUGAGCAAUGGCUGAAUAUCGGCUGCACCCAGCUAUGCCCGUUGGACCCUGUUUUUGCCGGUGCCCCGAGACUGCGGCCAGAAUGCCAGCCCGCCCCAGAAAAAGUUCGCGAGACAGUGUAGCAGCAGCGUCUCAGGGAUUAUGGAAAAUUGCAGCACACAUCUGGCACCAGGCUGCACCCUUAACAACCUUGUCCCAGCACCAGCGAAUGUGGCCGCCUUCCGGGGUCUGCUGGGACCAGGUGGCUUCAACAGUCUUUACCAAAUGUCCUUCCAGCAGUGGAACCGCUUUUCCCCAUGAGGCCCGAGAACCUCCUGGACCCCACCCUCUUCCUGGGGGUUUGCCCUUCCCACCAGAGCACUGCCAGAAUGUCACUGUCUUCCAACACUUUAAAAGACUGAUUGAUCUAAGAAGACGAGGAGAGCCACAUCAGAUAGUGAGAUACAUCAAUCCUAAAGAGGCAGAGCUGCUAGAUGCUGCUGCGGGCAUUCAUGUACGAUUCAGAUUAGGUGGUGUUAAAUUUCCACCUGAUAUAUACUAUAAAAUUUUCACUCAUAGACCUAUUGAAGAUCUGUGUGCUAAUAGCCCUAGAGAUUAUACAAAACUUCCAGCAAAAUAUACGUCUCAUAUUAAAAGUGAUAAUCUUCAGGAAGAGGAUCAUCGUGGCUGGUAUCGUCGUAUCGAGAACAAUGGCUGGAGGCUUGUCUCUGAUACAUUUUGGGUGUCUCCGGAAAACGUAGAGGUGGGAGACAAAAAAGAAAGCGAAUUCCAUUUCUCUAAACUGAAGAGAAGGCAAGAUAUGGAAAAGAAAAGAAAAAUUAGAAAAAUAGAAUGGAUGAGGAAAAUGUACUAUACAGGAAGCCUAGAGGCCAGGUCAACAAAUGCUAAAACUCUAGGUUUAAUCCACACAGCAACGAAGGGGCUAAUGAGAGCUGUCGAAAUCGGUGGAAUAGAUUCGGUGAUGGAAUGGGAGGUGGAUGAAGUGCUCAACUGGACAAACACGCUGAACUUUGAUGAGUAUAUUGCCAACUGGAAGGAAAUUGCUACAAGCAACUCUUCAGCUAACUUCAAAAGUUUCCCAUUUGAGCAAGCACGGAAACGAGGAUACGACUAUGCGGAUAUAUCAGAGGAGAAAUUGGGAAUCCCAGAAGAUACUUUAGAUGGAAGUUUUUAUGAAAAACCAAAUUUUCCGAGACUAUCACCUGAUCUCACUUACGGAGUAUAAAGUUCUCCGCUUUCCUGAGCGGUAGCCCUUCACACCCCGACUCCAUCAGUUACUGUCAAGAAUCGUUUACUCUGACUGGAAUGACUUGUGUGUUCUUGGCACAGAAUCUGUCUACCUCAAGUAAAUAAGGAAGCCUAAAGAGAAAUAAGACAUCGGACUCAAAACAAUGGUCAUGAAAGUGUAGAAAUUAUUCCUUGUAUUCAAAGAAACUGCAGUAAUCUCACAGUCACACGUAAAUAAAUACAUUUAGGUGCAAAAAAAAAAAAAAACUUUGGAUUUUCUUCUUGAAGCAUUCUUCGGGUGUUCAUGUCAGAGCUCUUUUUCCAUUUAAAAAAGGAAAGGGGCACCUGGGUGGCUCAGUCUGUUAAGCGUCCAGCUUCGACUCAGGUCAUGAUCUUGGGGUCAGGGAGUGGGUCAGUGAGUUCGAGCCCCACGUCGGGCUCUGUGCUGACAGCUCGGAGUCUGGAGCCUGCUUCGGAUUCUGGGUUGCCCUCUCUCUCUGCCCCUCCCCCACUCAUGCUCUGUCUCUGUCUCUCAAAAAUGAAUACAUGUUAAAAAAAAAAAUCUAAAAUGAAUAAGGGCAGUGUAACAAGUUUUCCUUUUAUCUGAAAAGCAAAAGCCCAACCAGAAGCCCCAGCGUUAGUCACCUCAGAUCCUUGAAAUGAAACUAGGUCACGGGGCACCCUUAGCUCAAGGAGCUAGAAGAGCAAAAAUGUGUCUUUCAUCUUCCACAGGGAGAGGAGUAGAGGAGUGGAGGUAACUGCUGGGCCUCCCAUAUCCUUCAGGUCUGAAUUACUGCGUGUUCCCAGAAGCAUCCUUUGCUACGAGCCCUCAUCACCCUGGUCAUUCUGGGUCUUUAUUAUUUUGUAUUUUAGAGAGAGCAUGUGUGCAAGUGGGGUAGAGGGACAGAGAGAGAGAGAGAGAGAG